AUGGCUGAUAUUGAAAUUGCCAACCCAAAAGACGACCUAUCACAAUUAUUCUUUCUGCCCAAGGAUCUUCCGAAUCGACCCAGGGUUUUCUUUGUCGGCGAUAAGAAAGAUUCUUCUUCCAAUGUGACCGACAGCUUUGUGGGUCCUCUUGAAGUGACUUCUUCUGGAGUGGCCCAUGGGCUUGGUGUAGUGGCUAGACGUGACAUUCAAGCAGGAGAAUGCCUCUUUGUUACCCGUGCUGUGGUAUCAGCAGAUGUAAAGUUGGUCUUUGAGGAGUGGAAAUCCAGAUUCACAGACAACAAUGCUACCAAGGGAGAUAAUAAUAUUGGUACACCUCAAACACUUUUGGAAGAAGUGACGGAGCAAGUCCUGGUCAAGGCAAUGAGACAGAAAAUCCAAUCCCAAGACGACAGUGACAAAGCCAUUGUACAAAGCUUCCUUUUGCAGCUAUCAGAGGGCGAGGAAAGUACUGCUAGAAACAUUCCAGUACCCACCGAUCCAUCGUCAUUUGUACCAGCAUUGGUAGCCAGACAAUCGUUUUCGUCCACAACAGCAGCAAGUCCAUUAUUUAACAUUGACACUGACAUUUCAGACACCAAGCUCUUGGAGAUUAUCCGUCGGAAUGCUUUUGGUCCAGACUUUGCGUCUUACCAAUCCGUUGAGGCUCAGUGGGCACAAAGCCUGGAUGAUGGCACGGAAAGACCAAGUCCAUCAAGAUUGUUGGGAUUGUAUCCCUUGGCAGCCAUGAUCAAUCACUCGUGUACACCAAACGCUGUGAGAGUUUUCGUUGAUGGAGACUGGAUGGUCGUUCACGCAAGUUCCAACAUCCCAAAAGGCAAAGAAAUUGGUUGGAGUUACCUACCUCCAAUCUUAUCUUAUCCUAGCCGAAAGAAGCAGUUGGAAGAAAGACAUGGUUUUGUAUGCCACUGUGCACGGUGCAUCAACGAAAAAGAGGCCUGCAGCACUCGGGAUAUCUUUGACUUGCCCGAAUCUCUCAACCCCUUUCAAAAGAGUGGAAGCAUCUUGGCAACCUCUGGCAAGGAAGCACGACAACAACUUACAAAGGAUCUUUUAGCUUGGGAAGAACGGACCUUUGCCGCCAAUGGCCUUUCCAAUGAAACCCGUCGCUAUUGGAAAAUGGGUAAUGCGUCACUCUAUAUUCACUACCUCAAUGCGGUCCUCAUGGAUAUACCACAAGAUAAUCCGGAGCAAGCAGCCAAAACAAGAGCCAUCUGUCUCAUGAAGGGAAUGGAUUUACACUUUUGCUUUGUGAGCUGUCAUUAUGCCUGCACGGAACACUUGUCCAUCAUGCACUUGUGCUACGAGUUGGUGGCUAUUAUGCAUUCUCGAUCUCCAGAUCCCAGCAAGACGCUUCCCAAGGUUCAGUUCUGGACCGAGCAACUGAAACGAGCGCAUCUGAUACGGUAUGGAUCCUUGGGUAGCAACGUGGAUCGUAUUCGGGCUGUCAUGAAGCACACACAAGUGGUGCUUCGGAACCAUAACGGUCUGGACAAGGUCCCAUACGACUUCAUCUAG